CAAUCCCCCUCUCUCUCUCUCUGAAAGCACGCAGCAGAGAGCGGGACCAGCGGUCCGUCUCAGUUUAUCUCACGGACUGUGUCUGCAAUGCGUUAUCUCUCUACCCAAAGAUUACACAGUUUUCCGAACGAAUUCGUGACCGACUCGACGGAGCAACGCCGAUCUUCCUCCGUAAGUCAGACCUUCAGCGGGCAAACUGCAGGAGUGAGGUUUUAAUUCACAACUCUGGGCGCAAUCUCUGCUCCGAGUGCAGGAAGAGCCAGACGGAUCAUAAACAGCUUGCUGCUUGGAUUAUUCUGUAUUUUACACCGGCUGCUGGAGCUCACCCUGCUGUGGCCAUGAGUGCAUGCAGCAGGAAGGCCUUGACUUUGCUGAGCAGUGUCUUUGCAAUCAGUGGCCUGGGGCUGCUGGGAGUGGCAGUGAGCACCGACUACUGGCUCUACCUGGAGGAGGGAGUCAUUAUGCCUCUGAACCAGAGCACUGACAUCAAGACCUCGUUGCACUCUGGCCUCUGGAGAGUCUGCUUUCUGGCUGGUGACGAGUCAGGUCGCUGCUUCACCAUCGAGUACAUCAUGCCAAUGAAUGUCCAGCUGACGUCAGAGUCCACAGUGAACGUGCUCAAGAUGAUCCGUUCAGCCACUCCGUUCCCUCUGGUCAGCCUCUUCUUCAUGUUCAUCGGUUUUGUCCUCAACAACAUCGGCCACGUCCGCCCUCACCGCACCAUCCUGGCAUUUGUCUCUGGAAUCUUCUUUAUCCUCUCAGGUCUGGCUUUGGUGGUGGGCCUGGUGCUGUACAUUUCCAGUAUAAAUGAUGAAAUGCUGAACAGGACGAAGAGCAGUGAGGCCUAUUUUUCCUAUAAGUACGGCUGGUCCUUUGCCUUUGCUGCCCUCUCCUUCCUGCUCACUGAGAGCGCCGGCGUCAUGUCAGUCUACCUGUUCAUGAAGCGCUACGCAGCAGAGGAGCUCUACCAGCCCCGCCAUCCCAGCUUCUACCGUCCUCGCCUCAGCAACUGCUCCGACCACUCUGGUCAGUUCCUCCACCCGGAGGCCUGGUCACGUGGACGGAGCCCCUCAGACAUCUCGAGUGAAGCUUCCCUUCAGAUGAGUACCAGCUACCCUGCUCUCCUCAAAUGUCCUGACUAUGAUCAGGUGUCCUCUUCGCCCUGCUGAAGGGUGGUUAGUAACCUACCAGUUACUAAAGAGUCACCGAGGCAUUGACAAAAGGCCAGAGUUUAAGAUACAAGGUUGAUAUUUAAGUGUGAGUUUGCACCAUUACGACCGUGGUCAAGUGAUUUGGAAACCAGUUAUUUUCAGCAAGUUGUUGUUUGUUUUUAUGUUUUUUUUUUUAUCAGGUCAGAAAAGAUUUUGGGGAGUUUGUUGUUGUAGCAGACACGACUGCAAAAUCUGCAGAUUUUAGAAGAAAAUGGUCAUUGUGCCACUGCUUCUGCAAAGAUCUCAAAAACAUUUAAAUAUUUUUUUUUAUUUUCAUGUUCAGAAGGUCAAGUAUAGAUUACUUUGAACUGUAUUUUUACUGUACCUGUGCUUUUUACUUUCCAGUGCCUCACAGCUGUUUCUUUGCUUCCUUUUGUGAUUUAAAUGAGUGUGCCAUGUUUUAGGACCUUCUAGUGCUAGUAUAGAUCACAUCAGUGCAAUAACAAUAAUAUCAGAAGGCACAAUAAUAUCUGUGGUUGAUGUUUCAUUGGAUGUGCAGUUUCAAAAGCACACAUUUCGCUCAGAAGUUGCUCAUGAUCACAAUCAGCAAUACCUCUGCACUCAGAGCCAAACGAAAAAAAGAGUAGAAUGUAAAAUGUGUCCGGUCAUUUGCAGUUUGUAUUUCUACAGAGUUUCAUUUACCUCACAUUUGUGUUAAACUAUGAGCAUGUUAUUGGUUACUGUUUGCUGCAAAAAACACUUGGCUGCCUUUAUUUUCCCUUAAAACUGAUCGAAAACAAGCCAGUAAAACUGCCUACCCAACUACUACACGUGAGGCUCCAUCUCACAAAACCCUACAGACAAACGCUGUUGUGCAGUUGAAGGGCAGUUCAUUCAGAUGUGGUUCUAAUUUUCAGUAAUGUUGUCAUUUGACACCUUCAAAGGCAGCAGGAAAACCGGAUUGUCAUCAAACUAAAGGCAACAUAUUCAAGACAUUAUGUUGAAAUGCCUUUGACUCUUUAUUUAGCCAUACAUUGACCCAGAAUCUAACAUGAAAUCAUAGAUACUUGUUUUAUAUACACUGGUUUUUGUUUAUAUUUUUAGAUAUAUAUAUAUAUAUAAUAUGUCCAGAUUACAUGAAUUCAUGAUGUUGUUCCUGGUGGAGCUGCUAGAGAUCUUUGUUAAAAGGGCGUUGCAUCUGUAAAAUAAAUGUCUGCCAUACAGUUUUCUUUUUCCUUUUUCCUUUUUUACAUUUUACCCUGUGAUUCCAUAUUUAUCCACUGGGAGGCAGUGUUUGUCCUUUUCUUUCCUCAGCUCAUUUUUUUUUAUCAGUGUGCAAAUCUGCAAAAACAAAACCUGAAGUAACCUUUGUUAUUUAUGCACACUUCAAAUCCAAAUACAAACACUGACUACCUAAGCUUACGCAGUGACUAACUGAGUCAGUCUUUGUCAUUUACAGUACUGUGCAAAAGUCUUGAGCCAUCCCUGAAUUCUUUAAAAAUAGUUUGCUCCUAAUUUUCUGAACGUCUUUCAGCAUUUUCUUUGGACGUCGGCUGCUUUUUCACUCAUUGUCAGUUCAUUUCCUGAUCGUUUCCUGAUGAUUUAAUUUUGUUAAGUCGCUUAACUCUGACCCAUCAAUCAUUCCAGCAUAAAAAAGGCACCUAACUCAACGGAUGACCUUGAGUUAGGGGCACUUUAUUACUAACAGCCUGUAAUAAAAACACACACUUUAUCCAUUUCUAUAGUGAAUGCAGUUAUGCACCAACAAAGUGACUCCCAAAAUGACUGUUAGCUGGAAACGGGGCAUAUUUCAUUAACAGUAUCUGAAAGGCAUGUUCUAUGAAAUAGGAAAUCAAAAUUGGUCCCAGUGGAUGGAUGACUGUCAAGAAGCCAUUCUUAAGGAAGGGAAACAGGGUUUUCUCCCUGAGGUACGAAAUUAGAGUAACAUUAUUGAAGCAGUGUGGGAUCAUCGUGAUGGAGGACAAAACAAGAACCAUCCAACAUCCAAAGAAGAGCUUUGAAUGUCCUGCAAGAAGCCUGGAGAACUAUUCCUGAAGACUACUUAUAGAAAUGACAAGAAAGUUUGCGUAACAGACUUCAGGCUGGUUGGAAAAUAAAGGUCGUUGUACCAAGUAUUAACUUUUAGGCUUGUUAGAAUUGUACACAAUCUGUCUUUGCCUUAUAGACUGUAUAUACACGUGUGAUGGUGCAUCUUUCAAUAAAUCACUGCACCU